AGAACAGAAAGAGCCUACCAAUAACGACAUGUUUUGUACAACCACCACAACCACUGUUGGAACUGAGCUGUCAAUGCAGGAGAUUGAUGCUCUCAUUGCAGAGACUGCAUCACUGAAGGAGCAGGUUGCAUUGUUACAGAGGGAGAAACAAGAAACCCCAAGACCUGAAUUGAAUGACAAAAACAUAAAAUUCUAUACUGGCCUUCCAUCUGUCCAAGUGUUCCUCACUCUGCUGGCUUAUCUGACGUCUGCAUGGACGCCCACUGCCUCAACAUCACUCUCUUUAGCUGACAAGUUUCUGAUUGUCCUGAUGAAGCUUAGGAUUUCCCUUACUCGUCAAAAUCAAGUUGUGGGACAGUUGCUUCUAUUUUCCGUCUGUGUUUAAGACCCCAACUUUCUGCCGCAUGAGGUGCAUCAUUGACUGCAGUGAGGUGUUUAUAGAAAAGCUUCGUUCACACCAGACACGGCAAUCUUUAUGCGUUCUGGCGGAAGUCCAUUCAUUUCAAUAGAAAGCAAUCCGCACCGCUGCGUCUAAUCUACCGUACGUGGCCAGAUUUGGUUGCGGUACGGCAGGUGUGUCGCAUGAGUUGAAAUUUUCCAACUUGUGCUGUGUUUUUCCGUACGGUAUCAGAAACGGAAGUUGAUUUACCACCGAAGAAGAGCUAAUUUGUAGCUUUUAAUUACGGGUUUAUGGGAUCGCAAAAUAGAUUUGACAGCUCAUUAAUUAUUUGUAAUAGCCUACCAGAUCAAAGUUUGAAACGCUAAAUAUUCCAGCGGGACAUAUCCUAGACCUGAUUGGUUAAAACAUAUUUGAGGGAAAAUAUAUAUAUACAGCCUGGAUGACGUUUUCAUUUCAUCUACUACAAUGAAACCUAAACUGAGAAAGCUUCUGCUCAUCGCCUUGCUAGAGGACAGGUGUGUCCAGCGGCACCCCAGAUCAUUCUGGGUCCACCCACUGCUACAGGGUAGAACGCAGCAUGGAGAGUACCAUCAGCUGGUCACGGAACUACGCUUGUUUGGGGUGGAGUUCCAGACCUACUUUCGGCUGGAUCGGGGCCAGUUCGACCUGUUGCUCUGCAAGAUCGGAGCUAAAAUCGCACGGAUGGAGACAAACUACCGUGCGCCCAUCAGUCCAGCUGAACGGCUGGCCAUUUGUCUUCGAUUUCUCGCAACUGGUGACUCCUACCGUACCAUUGCAUACAGCUACCGUGUUGGUCGGUCCACUGUGUCAAACAUUGUGUCCACAGUGUCGAAAGCCAUUUGGGAUGGACUAGUUCAUGAAUACAUGCCUGUCCCCAAGGAGGAAGACUGGAGAGCAAUUGCGGAAGAUUUCCAGGAGAAGUGGAACUUUCGCUGUCUCGGAUCAAUAGAUGGGAAGCAUGUGGUGAUCCAGGCUCCGCCAUGUUCUGGGUCCCAAUUUUUCAAUUAUAAUGGAACCUAUUCUAUUGUCCUCUUGGCAGUUGUCGAUGCAAACUAUUGUUUCAGGGUCAUUGAUGUUGGGGCUUAUGGCAGGGGAAGUGAUGGAGGGACUCAGCCUUUGGCCGAGCCCUCCGGGAUGGUACUCUGGGGAUCCCAGCCCCAGCCACACUCCCAGGUGCUGAUCAUUUGGGACCUGUCCCUUUUGUUUUUGUGGGAGACGAAGCCUUCCCUCUAAAGCCCAACCUCAUUAGGCCCUAUGCAGGACCCCAGGCACCAGGGAGUCCUCAGAGGAUCUUCAAUUACCGGCUUAGUCGGGCCAGGUUGGUGGUGGAGUGCGCAUUCGGGACCCUCUCUGCCCGGUGGCGGAUGUACCGACGGGUGCUUGCAGUAAAGCCAGAGACUGUUGAGGUCUGUGUGAAAGCUACCUGCAUCCUCCACAACUUCCUCAAAACAUGCCAGGGGACCCACAGGUCCCAGCUGUCGACAGUUUGAGAGAACUCACUCAUGCUGGAUCCAACAACGCCACCAGGGAGGCGAAUAAAGUGAGGGAGACCUUGACGACCUACUUCUUUUCUCCAACUGGUGCAGUCCCAUGGCAACACAAAGUGGUGUGACCAAUCUAUGACCAUCCUCCUCCAC